AUGGCAAGGCAGGGGCAACAAUUAUCGCCCCUACCAAAACAAGCCUCAAUUCCAAGCCAGGAAGAAGAACCAGCACGGCCAGCAUUAACUACAACAACGACGUUUCCCGCCAUUACACAGGUAAAUACUUUGACUUGUAAUUCACUUAUAACAUAUUUUCAAAAUAAAGUUGCAUGCUUUAACGCAGGUCGACUUCGUGAAUUUCACAAUGAAUGGAUGUUUAUUACCUCAGACGCUGAGAUUUUAGACAUGGUAUUGGGGCAAAAAACUUGAAUUUUCGCAAAAGCCCUUUCAAUUGUUUGUUCCUAAGGAGAGAACAUAUGAUCACAUACAAACACAAGCAGUUGAGGUAGAAAUUGAAACUCUCCUUACGAAAGGAGUCCUUGUUCUUACGGAACAUGAAAAGGGGGAAUAUAUUUCCCCUAUUUUUACAACAGCAAAAAAGGAUGGGUCAGCAAGAAUGAUCCUAAACCUCAAAUCUCUAAACAAAUUUAUCGAAUACAAACAUUUUAAAAUGGAAUCCUCCUCUACCAUUGUAAACAUGGUUAAGCCCAACUGCUUUAUGGCUUCAGUAGAUUUGAAGGAUGCAUAUUAUUCAGUUCCAAUACAUCCACAACAUCAAAAGUAUUUAAAAUUUAAUUGGAAAGGGCAACUGUAUAAGUUUACUUGUUUCCCUAAUGGCUUGGCCUUUUGUCCUAGAAAGUUUACAAAGCUGUUGAAACCAAUUAAUUCAUACUUAAGACAGCUAGGUCAUAUUUCUGUCAGUCACAUUGAUGAUUCCUAUCUUCAAGGUGACGAUUAUGAUGAUUGUGCAAGUAAUGUGUUAGACACAACAAAAUUGUUUGACUCUGUAGGAUUUGUGAUCCAUCCUGACAAAUCAUCCCUGAUACCUAAACAACAGAUGACCAUUCUUGGUGUUACAAUUAAUUCUGUAGAAAUGAGGGUUUACCCCAGUAAAGAUAAGGUGGCAAAAAUAAAAGCUUUAUGCACAGAACUUAUACUAGCCUGCAAACAGGCUCUCAAGCUGAAUUGAGAGCCUGCAUCGAUGACUAAUGAAUUUGAAUAUCUGCCCCGUAACGUUCGUUUUUCCAAAUAUGGAAUGUCUAUCCUUAUAUGGUGUUGUUUACAACUUUCAUGCAAACUAAAUUUAGACCGUGCAAACUAAAUUUAGACCAUACAGUUUUUCGAAAUAUAAGACAUUCAAGCAAAAGUUCAAAUGUUUUAAACACUGUUUUCUCAAACCAGAACAUUUUGUGCUUUGAGAUAAGAUGGCCAAGACCGAUUCGAUCAGUUAAUGUGUUUUUAUGCAUAGUGCUUUUCAGCAGUUGACAUAUAUAGAGCUCAGCAGAAACAUAAAUUAUAGCAUCUGACCAAUGAGAAUUUCGCGUCACGAUUUGAGAUGCAGAUAUUCAAAUUCAUUAGUCAUCGAUGCAGGCCCUCAAUUCAGCUUGAGAGCCUGUUCCCAGGCUAAACUUAUACAAAAUGCGGCCCCAACAAUUCGGCAGGUGGCGUCAGUGUUGGGUCUACUAGUAUCCAAUUUCCCAUCUGCGCAAUUCGGACCUUUACAUUUUAGGGACCUUGACAUGGACAAAACUGAGGCACUAAAACUAAAUAAAGGAAAUUUUGAUAAAGAUAUGAUAUUGUCAAAAGCAUCAUAUGAUGACUGGCACUGGUGGGUUAAUUCAGCUGACAGCCUGUUUAAACCUAUUGGCCUUUCACAUGUAUGUGUUAGAAUAGACAACAUGACGGCAGUAUCAGACAUAGGUAAAAUGGGUACCAGCCAUUCUAGAAAUCGCAACAACUUAACUCGAGAAAUUUGGACCUGGUGUAUUAUACAUCGGGUGUUCUUAACUACAGCACACAUACCAGGCAAAGAAAAUGAAGCAGCUGAUGCUGAAUCUAGAAAAGCUAGAGCUCAAACUGAAUGGGCCUUAGACCCAGACAUAUUUCAACAGGGUACCCAGAGGUUAGGGGUAAAACUAGUUAUUGACCUGUUUGCCUCCCGAUUAAAUUAUAAAUUGAAACCUUUUAUUGCUUACCAGCCUGAUCCUGAGGCAGUUAAUGCCUUCACAAUCUCAUGGCAAUCAUACUUAUUUUAUGCAUUUCCUCCUUUUAGCAUAAUAGCAUUAGUCUUGCAAAAAAUUCGAGAGGAGGAGAGUACCGGGCUGAUUGUGGUCUCAAAUUGGCCAACCCAACCCUGGUGGCCAUAUUUGAUGCACAUGGUCAUCCAGAAUCCAGUUGUUCUCCCAAACAACAAGAAGAUGUUACAAUUGCCCACCAAAUCAGACCUUGUACACCCACUGUAUCCAAGUUAACACUACUACUGUGCCGUGUUUUAGGCAAGCCUUCGAAAAUAAAGGACUAUCUGAAGCAGCUUUAUCUGUCAUAUUGUCAUCGUGGAGGAAGAGUACACAAAGACAAUACACACCAUACAUUAAUAAAUGGCUACAGUACUGUAAUUCAAGAAAAAUGGAUCUAA